CAGCGCCACCGACGGCACCCACCAAACAGUCGCACCCCGUCGUUGCGAUCGUAUUCGAGGGAACCCCCUGUCACUGGCGAGAGCCGCGACAGGGAGCGACCGAGAGAGCAUCGGGACGGACGGACUGACGGACAGACGGACAGACAGACGGACGGACGGAGAGACGGAUACACGAGGAUACGCAAGGACGGACGGUCGGUCAGUCGGUCGGUCGGUCCGCUGGAAAUUAAUCGUACGAAGACGAUCAGUCGCGCGGUAAUCAAAGGGAGGCGCGCAUCGAAGCCAAAGAGAUCGCGAACAGAGGCGAACGACCGUUAACAGUAGCUGGCAUCGGUGGUGGUGGUGGUGGUGGUGGUUGUCGUCGUCGUCCUGACCCAGGAAACGUCUCGAGCCGACGAACGAAAGGGGCGAAAAGUGCGAAAAGUGCGUGCUGGUAUGGUCGCGGUGCAUCCUCCGAAGGAGCUGCCCUCGCCGUGCCGAUGACGAGGUCGCAGAUCGCUCCUCUACGCGAGCAAGGAAGGAAGAAAAAGUGGAAGAAACAGCGGCAACCGUCGGACUCGAGGAACAUCGUUGUCUUCGUCCGGGCCGAGCUCGACGACAAGAGAAAAACGCCGAGCGACGACGGACGACGGCGGCGACGACGACGACGAGACAUCGACGGCCACCCCACUGCUGCACGGUGGACGAGCACGGAGCGCGGUGUCGGCGUUGGCGUCGACGUCGACGGCGAUAGUGGCGUCGCGCUGCCGUUAGUCGAUCGUUGUCGGUACAGUGGUGGUGCGUUUGGUGCGGUUAGCGAAGGCGAGGGUGGCGCGAAGGUUUUUCUCGACGAUACCGAUACCGACACCGUUUCGGGAUCGUCGUCGUCGCGUCGUCGUCGUUGCCGUUGUUGAGUGAUCGAAAGAUCACUCGGCCGUGAUCAACAUGCCGCGGUGCCUCAUGGCCAAGAAGUGGAAGGCCUACCCGUGGCCGGAUCGCGUCGACGAUCCCCAGGAAGAACAGAGCGACUCCUCGGCGAUUCUACAGGAGCAAGAGAUGCGACAGACCACCUCCGCGUCUCUGGAAAAGAGGCAGCACAGGCACGAGCCCGAGGACGAGGAGAUCGACGUGGUCGGGGACACGGACUCCAGACAGGUCGAUCAUCAACAGACCUGUUGGGGUCCCCACAGCCCGACCGCCGGUGCCACUGCACCCAGUCCACCCCCGCUUAACGCCUCCGGGGCUCUCUACUAUCACGGUUACACGCACGAGUCAUGGAUCAACCACGAAGAGCCGCCGAAGUACGCAACGCUUCGCUCGGCGGCGGAGCUGGCUAGGCCCGUAGCGCCGUCCCCGCCGCCCCCGACCGUAGGUCAUCCCCAGGAACUGGCCGCGGUCGUGACCGGAUCCGGCAUCCACCCCCCGACUCAUCCGACCACCGCACCCGCUUCAUCCUCAUCCGCGUCAUCCGCUUCGUCCUCUCCUUCCUCGUCGUCCUCUAGUUCCUCGUCCUUAGUGACGCUGAGUUUGCCACCUAGGAAGAGCCUCUCGAUGUGCUUCACCAGCACCGGGACCGCGCUCUCGUUGCCUCCCAAGAAGAAGGACAUCUACAGACCGUACAGCCUUCAACCUAGCUCGGAGAUUCGAACGUUCCCGGAGGAGGACCUGUCAGCUGCCCAGGCGAUUCUCGAUCUGAGCGCGUCGCCCGCUGCGCCCACGCAUUCGGUCUUCGUCCACACUCUGUCUCCGCCGCUACCACCGCCACCGGCAGCUACGUCGCCGCCCGGACAGCUGCACUCGACGCAGCUGCAACCGGCCACGACCGCCCAACCCAUUCCCGUUUCCGUACUGGUGCCCGUUCCCAGCUCGCAGAACACCCAGCUGCUGCAGCACCAAGAGCAAACACCACAACCGCACUCCCCGGCAACCGCGGAGGCGAACACGACCAAUUGCACCGCUGCGAGGGAUGGAGGAAACGGCGGUAGCGGCAGUAGCAAGACGGUGGCGUACACGUACGAGGCGUUCUUCGUCUCGGACGGUCGGUCGAAGCGUCGCGGCGCGAGCACGAACGGCGCCGCGGUCCCGGACAAGGAGGCUACCCAACCGGAGAGGCCCAAGUUCACUUGCACCGAAUGUGGGAAACAAUACGCGACCUCGUCGAACCUGUCCCGGCACAAGCAGACCCACCGCAGUCUCGACUCGCAGUCGGCGAAGAAGUGUAUCCACUGCGGCAAAGCUUACGUAAGCAUGCCGGCUCUGGCGAUGCACGUGCUCACUCACAAGCUGGCUCACAGCUGCGGCGUCUGCGGGAAAAUGUUCUCGAGGCCAUGGCUGCUCCAGGGACACCUGAGGAGUCACACCGGGGAGAAACCGUACGGGUGCGCGCACUGCGGGAAAGCGUUCGCCGAUCGGUCGAACCUCCGCGCGCACAUGCAGACUCACUCCGCGGACAAGAACUACGAGUGCUCGAGGUGUCACAAGACCUUCGCCCUCAAGUCUUACUUGAACAAACACUUGGAAUCGGCCUGUCUGCGGGACGACGAGCUGCCGCCGCAACAGCAAACGGGUGCCGCGAGCAACGGGACGACGACGCAACAGCAGCAGAGCAACGAUCGCGGCUUGUAGCAGCGCUUCGACGAGGAGAAGAUCACGACCAGGCGUCUCGACGCCCUCGAACCUCCGCGGAGCUAGCAGCAGUCGUUCGCAGCUACGCCCGGUGGUUAGCCAACGUUCCCGGGACGAACGCGAUUCAAGGUUUGCCGUAGGUUUUAAGUAGAAAAGUGCCAGUAGACGAAACGCGAGGAGGAUCGAACGCUAGAGAGAAGUAACCGACCGGAGGCGGUGGUUUUAGCGACAGAGAUGCGAGCGAGUGAACGAGCGAGAGAGUCGGUUUCUUUAAUAACGUCUAACAUUGAUAAAAACGUCCAAUAAUGUUAAGUCUUUAAAACGAAGAAAAGUGAGAAAAGAGCGAAACGUCGUGGGAACGACGUUGAACGAUGAAAUAAGAGUAGAGAGUAGAGGGAACGAAAGGAAAUACUAACGACGGAAGAGUAUGAAACGCGUCGAACGGUGACGUCCACACUGCAAUCUAGUCACUCUAGUCUCUAGUCGAUUAUACCGAAUACAUUACGAUAUUAUAUAUUAUUAUAUUAUAUAUUAUAUUAUUAUAUAUAUAUAUAUUUAAAUAUAUAUAUAUAUGUAUAUAUAUAUACACAUAGUACGUUCACUAGCGCGUACGAUUCUAGUCGCGAGCUCGUUACGGAGACACACUAUUUAUUGAUACUUAUUAGCUGCCUAAACGAAUUAAAGUAUAAGGGAGAGAUCUCCUCGAUGGGAUCGGAAGAAGACAUACACGUACACGUACACAUACACACACCUACAAGCGUGCAGUACGUAGUAUAGACACGAAGAGGGUGCGCGCGGAAACCCGACGACCAUGGCGAGGAUGAAACGAUCGAAGGGCGUUGGAAUCGAAUCGACCGCAAGCCGGCGACGUUUCCGGCCGAUUCUCGAUUUCUCCCCUUCUUUUCUCCCGCGAGACCAUCGAUUCGCGUUAGGAUUAGAAUUAGAGAGAUCUAGUCUCGCAGGGAAUCGUUCCGAGAUAUCGACCGCGACCAUCGUUUCGUCUCGCUUCGACGAAUCCUUCGAAGAUCAGGUCGAUCCAGAUCCGUGCCGAUCGGGACGUUCGUUCGACGAAAAAGAAAGAAAUGCGUUGCGUAUAACCGAAACGGAACGUCGCAACGCGAGAAAUUUGCCUGAAUCGUUCCUACGAGCGACGACGAUUCGCAGAAAUCUCCCCAACCUCCUGGAUCGUUCUUCGCCAAAUUAUUUUUUCUUACCCUCGACAGUUCUCGUUUGAGAAGGGUCGUCAACCACGCGCUGCGGUGUUCGGUACUUACGCGUGCGGAACAUCGAUCGUCGCGUUUUCAAUUCCGCCGGAGCGGCGCCACGCCAUCGGUUAUACGCAACGGAUCCGAUGCGAAGCAAAGAUGAUACGAGAACGCGCUCCUUUCCAUCCUUAAUCGUUGGGACGCUCGCGGGACAUCGUGUAGCGACGAAACGUCGAAUGCGUCUCGACGAGCUUAACGACGGAAACGAACGGGAUGCUGGCCCCGCGUAAACGAAACGUACACGGAGAUACCUAAGAGAACCGUAUUAUUUAUCAUUAGAGAGCAGAUGCCGUGUAAUAGAUGCGUAACAACGUUAUACACAGAUAUUUUAUAGAAGCAAUACGUAAUGAAUAAGAAAAAAAGUAAUAACGACGACGCGUAACGGUCAAAAAGCAAUGUUUCGACACAACGAAUUAUAUAAUUAUAAUUACGCAUAUGUGUAUAGAGGCGAACAUCGAAGUUCAAUGCGAUGGAAAAUUAUGAUUUGCUUCGCGGUCGUUCCGAAAUCCACGCUCUUCGAACUUUUGUCGUCCGUCGUUUUUUUUAAAAAAAAAAAACAAGACACCGGUCGGAUUUUGUGACGAAAGCUUUCUUUCAUCGUCGGGGAGGAGCAAUAAUUAGCAUCGUUCCGUUCGGACCUGGAAACGAUCUACGCGUACCAUCACGCACUUGCCUUCCACUAGGCUCGAUUAGUUUGUAAUAAUUUUUAAGCAAGCUUCGCGCAACGAGUGAAACACCAAUCUAGCGUUAAAUAUUCUUUUUUAAGCGUAUACCUGUGUACGACGAACAACGACUUCCGCUCCGAGGUAGCGACGUAGCUUGUACGUUAUAGAUACAUCGAAAUUAUGGAUAAACAUUGCAAUUUUUCGAGACAACGAAAAGGGAGAGAAAAAAAGAGAGAGAGAGAGAUGAAGAGAGAUAACGCAGCGAAAUCCGACCGACUCUGAUCGAACCGAGAAUUCGGCCCCAGCGCAUUCGUUCGAUCCACUUUUCCUUCGAAGGCGACGGAAUUCCGAAUGGGAAGAAACGAGAACAGGAUCGCGAGAGAAGAGAGAAGAGCGUGGAUCGGCCGGACGCAUUUACAACGAGAUACCCAUUUUCUAAUAAUUAUUGCCGACCUGCGGAGUAGCCAAUAGCCUUGUCGCUAAAGAUUACGCGAACGAACAAAAACGGCAAAAGAAGUACUCGCGAGAUAAAGAGAGAAACAUCGAAGAAUGAAGACACGUUCCAUUUCGUUGGAUCGAGGACGGCAAAGCUUUUCUAUCUUCUAGUCUAUUUCUCGCGAGUUUUAUUCGUACAUCUGCGAGCUACCACGAUUGUCGCGUAUCGCGUACGAACGUAGAGCAAUAAUACCUUAAGCAAUAUUAAUUAAUCGACGAGUAUUAAAACGAAACUAAAACUAGCUGGUCGGUUCGGGUAAGAGAGGGUAAAAAUCUACACCUCGGAAAGAGAGGAAGAACGAAGCGCACCUUUUGUCACGUACGUAUAAAACGGAUGAAGACUUGGAACGAUUCCUCCUCUUCGUUUUCGACGCAGAUUCCGGAUAAUGAUUCUCGACCACCCGGUGAUCGUCCUCCAUCACGUAACGCAUAGCGUUCAGUUUUCCCGAGUUGUUACCAGUAUUAUUAUUAUCGCUAUUAUUAUUAUCAUUAUUAGCGGCAUUAUUCUUAUUUAUCGUAUUGUCACAGCUAUUUAUUAUAUUUAUUACAUUAUUAUAUUAUUAACAUCUUGCGUUUUCUUAUUUAUCCUUCGAUUGAUUCAUCUCGUUGUACCGUUAUCGUUACGACUAUCAUUUUUCAUAAGAUUGGUAUCGAUUUCGCGAGAAUUAGAUUCGAGUAAUAAAACACGCGUGCAAUAUUCGCGAGAACGAAGAAGAACGUGUCGUGCACUGGUUGCGCUAGGUUCGAAAGGCAGGAAGGAACGAAAAACCGAUUCAACGAAUUUGCAAUAAAAUUGGUAGGUAUUAUAUGAUCUGAUAGAGGCCAUUUUCGCUCUGAGACAAAAAGUAAUUUGGUCGUCUCGGACGUUCGCAAUAAAAGAAAAUAACAAACGUACGUACGUACGUACGUCUCAAGCUUGAACGAUGCAUUCUACGCGCACGUACUUACGUAUACUUAUAUAUCUGUACAUUUACACGCAAAUCUUCUAUACACGUAUACACGCGUAAACGUUUCCUAAAGGUAGCAGUUAAAUCUAAGCUCGAACGCUUACGCAAGUACGCACGAAGCCACGCACCUAACGUAAUCGCAUCUCCAUCGUGUAAUUCUCUGUAAUUUCUAAUUACCACGUAUAUCUAUGCAUAGUUUAAUCUUUCUCCGAUACUCUAACUCUAAUCUUAAGCCAACAGCGGAAUGAAGCGCGCCGUCCUUCGUGCUCGCUGACUCCGCUAACGACUCCUCGCUUUUAACGGUUGGUUCGCGCUCGAGCUAGGCGUUGUCGGUAUCUUCUCGACCACACGCGUUCAUCACCAUUGGAAACGCGAACGAAUUACCGAACCGAAACAUCGACUCGUUCGUUCCAAAACGCGAUGUGAAUAAUUAGCCCGAGGCGCGUUAACUGUCUUACGCUAUCUUCUAUCUCCUGCAUCAGUCGUCAUCUCCGUACGCGUAUUGCGUAUUUACACGCAUUUCGCUGUUCUCAGAAGAAACUGACUCCUUUCCGACUCGGCCCUACUUCCGCAACCCCUGUCUCGAGCGUUCGCGAGCGAUCGCGAACGUUGCUCACCCUUCGCAUUACCGAGAUUCUUCUUCGCGUCUAUUUCUUGUCUCCCUCUAACUCUACCGCGACUUCUACGAGUCCUCAAUCACCUGUCGAUCGAACGAUCGGCGAAUCUCGAAAUCUAAAUCCUGGUUUAUUCUUCCGAUAUCGAUCCAUCGAAACUUUGUCUCGACUCGACGUAAACUUUCGCGCGGUCGCCCUUCCGACCAAUUUCGCCUAAACGUUCUGAAUCUAAUUCCGCGUGCAUCGCACUUUCUCUGAGAUGCACCACGGUACAAAUCAUUUUCGAUUUAAAUGUUCGAACGAGCUGUUUCAACCAAGCAUCGAUCGUCUUCUUUAGACUGACACACCGUGGGAACAUAAUUAUUCGCUGGAUUCGUUCCGCCGGAACCGGCGAUCGAACGAGAGCGAUCGGAACGCAGUAUCGUUCGCUUCGUAGUAGAUAUUUAGGGGUGGCGCGUCGCGUCACGUUUUGUAAUCCUUCCAACGAGAGCCUUGAUAAUUUUUUAACCGUUCGUUAGUCGUCUCACUCACGAUAAUUAGCCUAAGCGAGGAGAAGACGAGGGGGAAGAGGAAAUUGGGUGAAGAUCGAAACCACCCGGUACGGUUAAAAGCGAAGAAGCGUACGAGGAAAGAAUAAAAAAUAAAACAGAUUCUAUUUUAUAUUCGAAGAGAGCGAGAAUGAAUGAGCGUGCGAAUGAAUGAGAGAGAGAGAGAGGGAAAGAGAGAUAGAUAAAUGCAACGAAGAUCAAGUUUGUCGUGUCGACGACGAACCUCGAUCGCUCACGCACACUUUUGAUGCAUAAACGCUAUACAUAUACAUGGGUACGUAGGUACACAUAGGGCGUAGUCACGUAUAUUGCCUACUACGUAAGUACCUACACGGCAAUACCGAGCAUGUAUCCCCGCGUUAUAGAGAGUCGAACAAAGCUCGCUUCUAAUCUUCCCCAGAUUACGGAUUCGACCAUCGAUAAUUAUUAUUAUCGGCAUUUUAUCCGUCGUUCAAUCGAUCGCAUCCGUUUCCCUUUGGUUUCCCUUUCUCCGUGUUCCAUAGCGGUUAGUGUAAAUAAGAGCCGCGCGUAGAGACGACAUUAAAAGAGAGAGAAAGAGAGAGAAGUAGGGUUAAAGAAUAGAGAAGAAAAGAGUCGAAACCGGGCGGAAAUUUUAAAGCGCGUAGCAAUAUUUAUAAGAGUUUCACGGGACGUGGUACACUAUAAAGUAUAAGUAAUAAUUAUGCUGGCGAGAACUGGGUUCCCAGUCGGGCCAAUAUUCGAUAAAUAUCGGCGUCAACAUUCUCCACCUGAUCAUCAUCUAUUCGACCGUACCGACGUUUGUUUGCCGCUUUCCACGAUCGAUCGACGAUCGUUGCUUUUCUCGGACGACGCGACAGAAAAUCUGUCUCGACUCUCGACCCGGUAUUUGCCCGAGUUCGACCCGAACGAUUUUUCCACUUUGUUCCCAACACACAUUUCUAAUCGCAGUUUCCAGCGUCGCCGAUGGGACGCAUAAGCCCAACGACGAAUCGGUUAAACGAGAGAAGGGAACCUGACGGGUGAUCGCGUUCAACGCAUUUUAUUUGUCGUCUCGACAUUUCCAAUUUAAUUGAGAAACGAAGGAAGAACGAAAAAGCCGCGCGGUGGACAGAGUUGCACGUGCAAAUCUUCCACGGACGAAUAGAGAACGGGAAGAGUCGCACGCGAUUUCAUAGCAAUAACUAAGAGAAUAGAGUUAAACGGCUAUUCGAGUAACCGUAUUCGUGUCGUCGAUGUUUAAUGUACGCGGAGCACGAAGAUUAAUUAAAAAAUAAAAAAAGCAACAUGUAUUAAAUGUUCGAUGUUAUACUCGCGAUAAGGGAAUAAGGAACACGUGUCAAUAAUAUGUAUUUACUAUACGGAAACAUAAAACGCCAUGUUUUUUAAAAUUAAAACGACUGGACCAUUCGGACGCGCGCUCUCAAGCCUAAUUUUACCGAGGAAUUAAAAACGGAAUAAAACGAAGGAUACGCGGCUCGCGCGUCUGCGGCGACUUCGACCAGUCGACUCGAAAAAGCAAUAAUAGGUACUCUCGCGAACGUAGAAUAAUUCAAUUGCAGUUAUUAAUCGAUAUGUACAAAUGCACGAACACCGCGUUAAACGUUAACGAAGUUGAUUUAAGUUGAAAACGAAACGUUCCACGUACAUUCUACUCCACACAGCGAUCGCGUUCAUGGCUCGCGACACCGGACGGCGAAACGAGCGAAAAUACGCGCGGCCGAUCGAUCGGUAUUGCUCAAAAAUGAAAAACGAGUCAAUAACGAGUCAAUAACUUUCGUAAAGUUCGCCUCGUUUAGCUUAAUUAACGAUCGUUAGCGAGUUAACCGCUGAUAGCAGUGAUAUAUGUAUAAGUACAAAGGAUACGUGAACAUCUUCGCUCACCACUUUCGAUGCCGUUCGCGCACAUUUUCGAUCGAUUUUCGCGCAUUGCGAAAAACCCGAAAGGGGUCGAACGAGACCGAUCGAUCCGCGUUUAUACGACAUCUCACUCAUUUGUUUACCGCGUAAUAGGGUGUCUUUUUACUCACCGAGCGAGGGAAGAGCUCGAUCGAAACGGAAACCCGAGGAUGCGUGGAGCCUUUCCAUUUCCAUCUCGUCCGCCACCAGCACCUGUAACACACGUGCGAAAACGUCGAUCAAGAAGCGUUUGCGAUUCGCUUCCGAUUCCACGGCGUUCUUAAUUUCGAGGAACGAGCAAUCAGCAAUGAAACAUGCCUAUGCUCCGCAUGCCUCGUCGGAACGAGGACGAGCAUAAAAAAAAAUUUGUUAGACACAGCACACGAUCGAUCGUUUUGGAAUGCGGAUGAAAGCGAGCGAGAGAGAUAGAUGGAUGGAUGCGAGAAGUGAGAAAGAAGGAGAACGAAGAUAAAAAGUGCCUAUACAUGUACAUCGGUAAAAUUAUUCGUUAGCGUGUAUUUGUGCGUUCCAACGAGUACGGACCGGACAGUGUGUCAAUUACGGAAUAAAGGAAGAACGAACGAAUUAGGACGAAGCGGUAUCGAACGACGAUCCGACGAUUGGAAACGCUUUACGGCCAAGGCGAGUAACGAUGAAAUGAUAGUAAGAUUAUACUUUAAGCGAGCCCGUCAUCCUCGGGCUUCGUUCGGAUCGCCGAAUUGAGCAGCGAUCGAGAAUCAUUUAAUGACCUAUGCGCGUACCUACUUACUUGGAACAGCUUGUCAGCUUGGAACGUCGAUCAUCGAAACUUGGACCGCGAACGCGAAAUUAAUCUUACUGUUAGAAACGAUGCAAUCGUAAAAUUCGGAACCGCGGUUCGUUCUCGAUGUCCCAUACACCAAACGCCAAACUGUGUACGCAAAUAGGUACGGUAGGCGGACAAUACGUAUCGUUCGCGAAAUUUCGUUGAUCGACGUGCCUACUAUUCGAUGAUACGUACUAAUCGGCGGCUAAUCCGCCGAUCUCGUAUCGUACGAUACCGCGUAGCUUGUAAAUAGCGUUUGAAGGCAACCUCGAGAUUUGUGCUUGUUCCGCGCGUAAAACGCGAUUCGAGAUUCGAAUCGAGAAAUUGUGCUUCCAAUGAUAAAGGACCGGCCGAAUUUCUCGCGAAACCACGGCGCUUCUGGGACGGAUGUGAUACAAUAAAGCGAACCUUAAACGAAUCUUACCCUACGACGCAUAUAGAUUACGAUAAUUGUACGCAUUGUGAUAGUAUCCACGGGGGACGAGAGAAACGACGCGCACCAUGCACGCUGCUGCACAGAUCUUGCAACGAGAACGAACAACCGCCUAACUAACAGAGAGAAACGAAAAAAAAGAACCCUGCCUCCUUCAAAGCGCGACUGAUAUUUACAGGAUAUUGUUCCAAUUGGAUGCUCCCAAGGAAGCCGGGGUAUUCAAAAGCAAUAAAUUCGUAGGCGGUCGCGAGUCCUCGAACGAGGAUCACGUCGCGACCGAUUAUAAUAUUAACUUUAAUAAUAAUAAUGCUAAGGCUAUUAAUACUAACUAUUACCGAUACUAUCUAAUAAUAAUAUUAAUAAUAAUAGUAAUAAUAAUAAUAAUAGUAACAAUAGUAAUAAUGGUACAGGCGAGACAAAGCGAUCGGGUCGAUGAAUUUUGAACAGUGAUAAUUAGAGUUGGGAACUGAUGCGGAAUUACAUGCAUACGCGCAGCAUAGAAUCUUGCUGGUAACGAGUAACGAGCCAAGUAUCAAUAGACGAGAAUGGAAAGUUGGGAGCGCGAGCGAGAAACGGUAGAAGUAGCGUAAACGUAGGCGAAGAAGAUACAAGACGCGCCACACUUGACUAGCAACGAUGGCUUUUCUAACGUAAUUAUCGUACGAUCGAAGCGCGAGCAAUCGCCCGCCACUGGUUACAUUGAUAUACAUAAAUCUAUUAUAUAUAUAUAUACAUGAAAAAUAUAAUAUAAUAUAUAUAUACACACAUAUAUGUAUAUAUAUAUAUUAUAAUAUUCGAACUUUCGGAGUUCGAAGAGAAUAGCGGUACAGAUACGACGAAAUAGAGAGCGAGAGUAAUUAUUAUAGCGAUCCUCCGUUUCGCCGUAGAGGUGGAGCGAGGACGAGAGAAAAUAUUGAGCGUGUGUGAGUGGAAAAUAAUAAAAAAAAAAAUGAAAAAAAAGAAAGAGAGAGAGAGAGCAUGUAGAAAGUAAAAAAGCGAAACGCAAAAAAAUACACUUGCGCACGUAUCCAUAUUUUAUAGCUUUUACUUAAGAAACGAAACGGUGUACACACGGAACGCGAGGUUAACUAUUGACUUAACGAUACAUUCAUACAUAACAUAUAUUUCUAUAGAUACGUUGACGGAACGGUAUUGCACGGGUAUUACCGAUGAAAUUAUAGCGAAUCCGAUACGACGCGUACCGCUCAGCUGGUGUCGAUAAUAAUUUACCGCUUCGACUACGAGUAUCGUUCGGCAACAUCGAUUUAGAAUUUAGAAUUUAGAAGAGCCGCGACUCUGGCUACAUCCCUGUCCCGUCGUUGAUCAUCGAUCAACGCGUUUCGUUGCCGUAGCUUUCGUUUUUCGUUCGUCCACUCGCGAUCGCGAUCGCUGUCGUUGUCGAUGUAACUCGGACGAUCGCGAUCGUCGCUCAGCGAGGAGGAGGAGGAGCCAGAGGUACCAGUCGCAUCGUAUCUACGUCUACUAACGGGAGGAAGAAAAUAAUAAUACUAAUAAUAAAAUAGAAUUAUACCUUGCAUGACUACGUAGGGCUAUACUGCCGCCGAAGCAAUACAAAGAGCAAUAUAGAGUUAAAAAAAGUAAUUAACGAGAUUAAAGGUACUAAAGAUAAAAACGAUACUAAAAUUAACCGCGGAGGAGGAACACUUGUGCAGACACUUACACUUACACUUACACGAUUCGAACGACGUGCGUACGCACGCGCGCGCGCGUAUGGACACCCAUCCACGUACACGUACACGACACGGACACGCGGAGGUUCGCGCGUGCUUCUAAUUUCUAAUCGCAUAAAAGAGAAAUAUGUAUGGUCGUUAAUUUAUUCCGACCGUAGUGCUAAUCGUACUUAGCAUUUACGUAGAUGACUCUAAUCGCCUAGGUCGACCAUCUCGGCCACGGUUCGAGCCGUUCGAGCUCUCCGCGAGCCAAGCGCGUCGCGUCCUAUUCUUUGCUUAUUCCCGCAAUCGCAGCCUGCGCGCGAGGCGACGCGGCGAUCUCGUCGAUUCAACCGGUUCGAAUCUGGCCUAAAUUUAAUUGAAAUAAAAUAAAAAUAACAAAAAAACGGUAGCGAUAUACAUAGAGUUACACGUAGAGUCGCUAAUGUAUUUCACUCGGUGCCUGUGACAGCUGAGCUCGCUCUAUCUUGUUCGAGAAAUCGAGGAACGAUUCGAAACGAUUCGAAACGACAAUUGACAAUACAUUGUUCCGCGGAGGGUAAAAAAAAAAAAUCCUAUCUCGAAACCUUUUCAUCUUUCUUCUCUCUUCGAUCUUCAAUUACGAACUCGCCCUUUUUACACCUUUUACCCAACGCAGCGCCGUGCUUUUCCGAUAUCCUUCGCUCCUGUUUAAUUACCUUACGUCUUACUUCCCAAUUUGUUUCGCGUUCCGUCCUCGUUUGGCGGCCUUUCGGUUUUAUUCAUCGCUCGCAUUUAUUUUUGCGUCUCUGCACGAUGAAUUAUUUUCCCAGAUUCAGAGUUAAACAUCCGGUGUUUAAUUUUCCUUAUAUCAAGAAACCUGCCAAACUCGCCUCAAAUUCAAUUUCGAGCGAAGCUGUGUCAUCGUUCGAGCGCAACGGAAAGAUGAAACGUGUCUUUUCGAUUUCUUCCCUACUCGCAUACGUUAACGCGUACCAGCACCCGAAUAUUAAACACUUUCGUUCGAUAGAUCGUCGACGAACGCGUUUGCCAGACCACGAAACGGCUGUUCACGGGUACCACAUGGAACACGUAGCAUUAGCAUGGUGUGAAAAAAAACCAAAAAAAAAAAAACGAUAGUGAACGCUAGAUGAAUUUAGCUUUUAAGCUUAUUUCUCGCUAAGAGGAAACCUAUUAUUAUAAUAAUAACGAUAUUUACAUACAUUUGUAUUAUUUGUAAACUAGACGCUAAUACAAAACUCCGAUUUGUGUGCAUCGACGCGCGAAACAAAAGAAAGAGACAGUCCCGUUUCCCUGAACUCUUCCUUGUUCCUGGACCCGCACCGUGCCCGCACCCAGGAUACGAACAAAACCGAAACCAAAAAGCAAACGAGAAAAGUACCGAACAACGAAAGAAAGAAAGGAUACGGAAGACGAACUCUCCACACAACCUCACGCAACCUUCAUUCCUGUUCCUAUACAAUUCGUUCGAACGAGCGACCUUCUUUUUUUGUAAACGAGAAAAAUGCGAAAAGGAGAAAAAUCAUCCAGACCGGACUUUCGUUCCUCCGUUCCGUUGCUCUUCGUAAUUUUCACUCCGUAACGUCUCUCGUGCGUUACGCACAUAUGUAUCUUUUCUCUCUCCGUAAUUAUCGGGCUUUUUCCUCCGAACGAAGCGAAAAAUUGCAGGGGAAACGUUUAAAAGAAAAAUAUGAGAAAAAAAAAAAAACGACGCGGACGAAGGAAGAACACGGAAUAAAAGAACACGAGAAGUUUACUUAUCCCGACGUGCUUCUCGCAGUGUCGGAUGGUAACGUUACAAGACAAAAGGUAAUAAAACGUUAAUUGAGCAUUGUUAUCUAUGUAAUACAACAUAGGAUGUUUUGUAUUAUAUUUUCAUAAUAAAUAGACACGUAGAAAAAGACGUAUUAACCA